AUGUUAAAUGGAGUUGAUAAUGUGUUAGAGUUUGAUGCAAAUCUUAUCAUUGACAUUACCAUCUCCGUCACUAGACACAGAGAAGCACACAGAAGCAAGUACAGAGAAGAAACUCUAGAAUCAACUUGCUUCACCAUCAAGCCAUUUCAAUUCUCGCGCGGCCGUCUUCAACACGCAAACUUCAAGCCACAAGCACUAAAACGUAUCCAAUAUAACUUGAAGAAACGAGAUGUCACCAUAAGUCUUAACACGACGCCAAAGACAAUGGUUGCAGAAAUGCCAGCAAAAGAUCCACUGAUAGCGUGGAUCCGGAGCCGCGACUCGCAUAUCCUGACGGUGGACCGCUAUACCUUCAUCGCCGACGAGCGCUUCCAGGCGUGGCACGAGCCGUCAACGGAGACAUGGACGCUGCAGGUGAAAUACGUGCAGGAGCGGGACGAGGGCAGGUACGAGUGCCAGGUGUCCACGGAGCCCAAGAUGAGCCACUUCGUCUACUUCACGGUCGUCACCCCCUUGGUCCACAUCGCUGGCGGCCCGGAUAUGUACGUGAAGAGCGGAAGCACAGUGACCCUCAAGUGUUUCAUCUCAGCUGCCCUCAAACUGCCGGAGUACAUCUUCUGGUAUCAGGAGAAGGAGCGCGUCAUCGAGGAGGAUCGCGAGGGCGGCCGCCAGAUCUACGUCGAGCGGAUCGCCGGGGACACGACCAUCGGGACGCUGCUGAUCCCGCGGGCGUCGCCGAGGGACCAGGGGACCUACUCCUGCUCGCCGGCCAGCCUCCCGUCAGCGUCGGUCACCCUCCACGUCCUCAACGGUGAGCACCCGGCAGCCAUGCACCACGGGAAGGGGGUCAAAGGGCACUGCCCCAGCUUGACCUACAGUGAUGUAACCGCCAAGUUUUACGUCAUUCCAGGCCAUAGAAUACUGCUGAAUCCCGAUGCGGUGUCAGUUAUGGUGCCACAAAUUGUAUUGGUGUCAGACAACAUUGCUGGCACCAGAUAA